UCCUCUGGCUCUUCGGGCACCUGAAGAUAGAGAGAGAAAGAGAGUUUUCUGAUUCGUCCAUGGCUUCCAGAGCUCUUAAAGCUCGUCUAAGGUCAGAAUCAGAUAGUCAGAUGUAGAUUCGCCGCGUCAUCAUCAUCAUCCUUAAGUGUUUCAAGCUUUCACUGUUUCAACAAUGGCGGAUCUCUGUUCACUCUGUUCACAGUUAUAGCUUCGUUUUGUAAGUGAACUGUUUUUUGUUUGUUUGAAGAUUCACAUUUCUAGUUACAAUGAGAUUUGAUUCAGUUAUGGAUCGAAAGAGAAGCAAGGAUUGUGUGAGCUCUAUUGAAUCAUCCGAUUCCAAUUCCGUUUCCGAUUCAACUCGUUCUGCUCCAUUUCCUGAUGAAGUACUGGAACGAGUUCUCUCUCUAGUGAAGUCACACAAGGACCGGAGCUCCGUCUCGCUCGUAUGUAAGGACUGGUACAACGCUGAGAGAUGGAGUCGUACGCACGUGUUCAUAGGUAACUGUUACUCUGUCUCGCCGGAAAUUGUAGUCAGGAGGUUUCCGAAAAUCCGUAGCGUGACUAUAAAAGGAAAACCUAGAUUCUCGGAUUUCAAUCUAGUGCCUAAGAAUUGGGGUGCUGAAAUUCAUCCUUGGCUUGUACUUUUUGCUUCGGCUUAUCCUUUUCUAGAGGAGCUUAGGUUGAAGAGGAUGACCGUGACUGAUACAAGCUUGGAGUUCAUUGGUACGAAUUUUCCAAAUUUCAAGGCUCUUUCUCUUUUCAGCUGUGACGGAUUCAGUACAGAGGGUCUAGCCUCCAUUGCCAAACAUUGCAAGAACUUGACUGAACUAGACAUACCAGAGAAUGGGAUGGAAGAUUUAAAGGGUGCUUGGUUAAGCUGUUUUCCCGAAAACUUUGCAUCAUUAGAAGUACUGAACUUUGCUAGCUUGCACAGUGAUGUCUGCUUUAAUGAUCUAGAGAAACUUGUGGGUCGUUGCAAAUCAUUGAAGGUAUUGAAGGUCAAUAGUCAUGUGAGUCUUGAUCAAUUGAAGAGGCUUCUAGAUCUGGCUCCACAAUUGACUGAACUUGGAACUGGUAGUCUCUUGCAAGAAUCAACCAUCCAUCAGCUUCCAGAGCUUGAACGUACAUUUGCAAAAUGUACCAACUUACAUACACUGUCAUGUCUAUGGGAAGCUUCUCCUGUCUUCCUUCAAGUUCUAUACCCUGCUUGCUGGAACUUGACGUUUUUGAAUUUAAGUUAUGCAACUGUUCGUGGUGGUGAAGAACUAGCUAAGUUUCUUGCACACUGUCCAAGAUUAAAGCGACUCUGGCUACUCGAUAGUGUUGGAGAUGUCGGGCUGGAAGCAGUAGGAUCCCAUUGCCCUUUACUCGAAGAGCUUCGUGUUUUUCCAGCCGAACCAUUCGAAGACAACCAAUUUCAUGGCGUCACCGAAUCAGGCUUCGUCUCUGUUUCUCGCGGUUGUCCCAAACUUCACUACGUUCUCUAUUUCUGCCAAAGAAUGACAAAUGCAGCUGUCUCAACCGUAGUAAAAAACUGCCCCAACUUCACCCAUUUCCGUCUAUGCAUUAUGAAUCCACACCAACCCGACCACGUAACAAACAAACCGAUGGACGAAGCGUUCGGUGCGGUUGUGAAGACGUGCAAGAGCCUGGUGAGACUAUCUGUCUCUGGUCUUCUAACUGAUCGAACGUUCGAAUAUAUAGGAAAGUAUGCUAAGAACUUGGAGACUCUAUCGGUUGCUUUUGCGGGUAGUAGCGACUGGGGAAUGAAGUAUGUGCUCUCUGGAUGCCCGCGAUUGAGGAAGCUCGAGAUUAGAGACAGUCCUUUUGGGAAUGCAGCUUUACUUUCGGGUCUGGAGAAAUAUGAAUCGAUGAGAUCUUUGUGGAUGUCGGCUUGUAAUGUUACCAUGAAAGGAUGCAAGUUGUUGGCUAGCGAGAUGCCUAGAUUGAACGUCGAGGUUAUGAAGGAGGAUGAACGAGAGUUGUCGAAGAGCGAUGAUGGUGAUCAGGCCGAUAAAGUUUAUGUUUAUCGGAGUGUUGCCGGAAGGAGAAGUGAUGCUCCUCCAUUUGUCCUCACUCUUUGAAAAACUACUUGUGUGAAGUCGGUACAGUAAGAUUCUAUAUUUUUAUUAACUUCUUAAUAUCAAAGUUUAUUAUCUCGAGAAAGCUAGCAUAACAGUUUAUCAUCGUGAUCUUAAUUCAAUAAUAUUGUUUUCAAUAAAAUUGAACUUGAGAUUUCAACCAACUUGUUGGUAUGGUGAGAGGUCUCAAGUUCAAUUUUACUUAAAACAAAUGUUUUAGAGCUUACCCGACGCCAUAUAUGAACUCUAAGUUUUAGUUUCGAUUCUCAUUAAGAAUAUAUUAUUACAAUGAUUGUUUUUAUAAAAACAAGUAAAAUACUAUGGAAAAUAAUGAAAUAAAAGUAUUUUUGAUUAUGAUUAGAUGAACAAAGUGAUUAAAUUGUCUUUUGCAGGUUUUUUUCUUAAGGAUGAAAUCCAAAUGGAUGGAUGAAGAAUCUUAAAGAUGGUGAUAAUAGAAAUUGGAUGUCAAAUUUUCUUUAAGGGAAUGGCUGUGAUUGUCUUUAUUUCUUUUUUGGGCAUGUAAUUUUGAUGCUCAAUUAGACAAUACCUUUCAUUUUAAAGGCAAUUAUGCCCUUUUCUUUUCGUGUAGUAAUAAAGGAUAAUUAUGUAUUUUUCUAAA